AUGGACGAGAGGCCGGAGACGGAGCUGAUAUCCAUUCCGGCGACGCCGCGUGGUGUGUCGACGCCGGAGAUACAGACUCCAUCUGGGCAGAGGUCGCCUCGGCCGCCGUCCAAGGAGGCGAAGUCGUCGUCGGCGUGGACGCCGACUUCGUUCAUAUCGCCGAGGUUCCUGAGCCCCAUCGGGACGCCGAUGAAGAGGGUCCUCGUCAACAUGAAGAGCUACUUGGAGGAGGUGGGCCACCUCACCAAGCUCAACCCACAGGACGCUUGGCUUCCCAUCACCGAGUCCCGCAACGGCAAUGCUCACUACGCGGCGUUUCAUAACCUCAACGCUGGCGUUGGCUUCCAGGCCUUGGUCCUUCCCGUUGCCUUCUCUUUUCUUGGCUGGAGUUGGGGAACACUUUCCUUAACCAUAGCCUACUUCUGGCAACUUUACACAUUGUGGAUUCUUGUUCAGCUACAUGAAGCGGUACCAGGAAAGAGGUACAACAGAUAUGUGGAGCUUGCACAAGCUGCAUUUGGGGAAAGAUUGGGUGUUUGGCUUGCUCUCUUCCCAACUGUCUAUCUAUCGGCAGGAACUGCAACAGCUUUAAUUCUAAUAGGAGGGGAGACCAUGAAACUAUUUUUUCAGAUAGUUUGUGGUCCCUUAUGUUCAUCAAAUCCCCUAACAACAGUAGAGUGGUAUCUAGUGUUCACUUCACUAUGUAUCGUUCUAUCUCAGCUCCCAAACCUCAAUUCAAUUGCAGGACUUUCACUCGUUGGAGCCGUGACAGCCAUAACUUACUCCACAAUGGUUUGGGUCCUCUCUGUAAGCCAGCCAAGGCCACCCACAAUUUCUUAUGAGCCAAUUACAUUGCCAUCCUCUUCGGCUUCUGUCUUUGCAGUCCUGAACGCUCUUGGUAUUGUAGCCUUUGCUUUCAGGGGGCACAAUUUAGUUCUGGAGAUUCAGGCAACAAUGCCAUCAACCUUUAAACACCCAGCUCAUGUGCCCAUGUGGAAAGGAGCCAAGGUUGCCUAUUUCUUCAUUGCAAUGUGUUUGUUCCCUGUUGCAAUUGGAGGCUUUUGGGCUUAUGGAAACCUUAUGCCUUCUGGAGGGAUUCUCAAUGCCUUGUACGGAUUCCACAGUCAUGACAUCCCUAGAGGACUUCUUGCAAUGUGUUUCCUCCUAGUUGUGUUUAAUUGUUUGAGCAGUUUCCAGAUAUACUCAAUGCCUGUAUUUGACAGUUUUGAAGCUGGUUACACUAGUCGUACCAACCGUCCCUGCUCAAUUUGGGUCCGGUCUGGUUUCCGGGUUUUCUAUGGAUUCAUCAACUUCUUCAUAGGAGUGGCACUCCCCUUCCUCUCCAGUCUUGCCGGGCUACUAGGAGGACUCACACUUCCAGUCACAUUUGCCUAUCCUUGCUUCAUGUGGGUUCUCAUUAAGAAGCCUACAAAGUACAGCUUUAACUGGUAUUUUCAUUGGAUCUUGGGUUGGCUGGGGAUUGCGUUUAGUUUGGCCUUUUCCAUUGGAGGCGUGUGGAGCAUGGUCAACAGUGGACUUAAAUUGAAGUUCUUCAAGCCGCCUAAUUGA